AUGGAAUUGCAUGUCAUCUCUCUUGAAGGAUUGUUUAGAAGUCGCUUUCAAGUACUUUCAAGUCGGCAAUUUUGGUUUGGUGAAGUUCAGAGUUUUCAUCCUAUUUCUUGGUGUGUUUUUCAAGCACUUUUUGGGAAUGACAGAGCAAGAAUACUACAAAGUAAUAACAUACUUCCUGGUAGAAGGUAAUUUCUUUGCUUUGUAGGGUUUAGAACAAAGGGUUGUGAAAAUUUACAUAAUCAUGUUUCAGCUCUUUACCGUGAAACUUAGGAAACCAUCUGAGAAAACUGUGAUUUGAUUCUAAGUAGUCUGUCAUAACCAAUCGCAACAAAUUUCAAGACCUUCCAGGAAACCUCAAAACAACCAACUUCUUAACUUGUUUCUGGCAGUUUAACACUCAAGGCUUACUGGUUUUUCUGUAACCCUUUAGCUUGCAGAAGUGAUUAAAGUGUAACUUCUCCCUAUAGUACCCAUAAAUUAUCCAGCAAACAGGUUAAGAGAAUUCUCAAAUUUAUCAGGUGGAAAUUGUUAUCGUGUUCUAACAUAAAAUUGUUGUAACCUAUUUACAAGCAGCUAGAGGGGAGACUUAACAAUUACAUCUUGGGAAUAAUUAAUUCUGUGUUCACAAUUUUCUGUUUCCUAUACGUGUAGUAAAGAUACAAGGUUUGGGUGUGGAGGAUAGAUUGAAAUAAUGGGAUUACAAAAUCUUGAGUUCCAAAAAAACAAUAAACAAAGAGCAAGAACCACACUCAGGCUGUACACAUCUUAUGCAAACAACUACAUGUAAUUCUAGUUGGCACUAGUGUGAACUUUUUUCCAUCUGUUUAGACACAAAAAAAUCCUUGGAAAGAUAUUUGGAAUUUGUUAAACUUUUUAUGCUUUCAUAAGCUAGAAACUGUGUUAUACUUGCAAAAUAAGGGCUUGAUUGCCAAUAUGAUGUUGGAAGUAAAUUCUGUACGAACCCUCUUCACCCUAACAUCAGUGUGCAUACUCUCCAUACUGUUCUCUAUAAAUUUCCAUUGGUACUGCCAUGAAGAAUUUGUUUAACAAUCAAGAGCUUCUUUAGUUGGUGAGAAUUCCCUUUUACAUUUUGAUUUUAAUAUUUGAUUCACCAGUGAUACUGUAAAGAUAAAUUAGCUACAUUGCUGAAAUGACUUUUCAUUUAUAGAUCAGCAGGGUCAUAUUUGGACAUAAAGAAGCAUCACAGGGCAUAUGGCUCUCAAAUAUUAAAAUUCAAUCAUCUUCCUGUGAUACAUAUCAAAGCAACAUUUAACAAUACAGUCAUUACAAUAUUGGACAAAAAUGGUGAGAGAUGGUUAACAAGUUAUUGUAUCUUUUCAUUGUCAAUAUCUGUGAUUUCUUUUUUAUUUUUUUUCUGUUGAAAACGUUAUUACUUUUAUUUUUUAGAAAAAACGUUGGGAUGGGUUUCAGCGGUAAGUAAGUGAACAUGGUUGCUCACACUCAAUAAAUUUUCCAUUAAAUUUUGAUUUUGAUUUUAAGAAAAAUUUUUUUUCUGUGUUGUGAAUGUCAGGGAACAGAGGGAUUUAAGAAUGCAAGGGGAGGAAGUUCUACAGCAGCACGACAGGCUGGAAUAGCAGCUGCUCAGGUAAGAUUUUUGUAAGCUCUCUUUACCUAAUGAAUAAUGGGCAGGGGGGGGGACUUUUGUAAGAAACUGUAGUGAUGUGUCUUUUGGGGAUAUGAAAAGAUAGUUUGAUUUUAAUAUCUGAGUUGAUCAAAUACAUUGGCCACUGUGAAGAGUUUCUAAAGCUGAUGUUUCAAGCAGUAGCUCAGGCUAAAACUUAAAAAAUCAGCUUAAGAAACUCUCUACAGUGGGAAGAGUUAAUAGUGUUGACUCAGUUGUUAAAACCAAAUUAUCUUCUUUACUUAGAUUGAAGUCUAUUAAAUUUUCAUCCCUGAUGGAAUAAAAAAGUGAUAAAAGGUCUUUAAUAAUAAUUUUGUUCUAUAAUUUUUGGAAUUUUCUACUUAUAUUUAUUUAGUAGUAAUAAAAAUUACAAUAUUUUUAUGAUAGUGUAAUGAUAAUGAUAAUCAAAGGGCUUAUGAAGCAGCAUUUCCCACACACUAAGGUGAAAUAACUAUUAUUUAUGAGGUUCUUUUACAUUUUGAUUUGAUUAUUUUUGGUUUACAGUGUCUAUUUACUUUUCUCUUGAAAUUCAGAAAGCAAUUUCAUUAGGAGUAGACAAAGCACGAAUAAAAAUCCGUGGUAUUGGAACUGGACGACAGGUAUUUACAGUGUAUUUCCCAAAUAGCAUAAAUUUCUCUUCUUAGAAUACUGUAUGAAAAUCUGUUUGAAAUCUCCUUGUUUUUUGGCAAAGUCCUUCCCAUGAGUAAAAUAGAGUCUGUGGUGUGUUUUACUCUUUCUAAGGACUACACUGCAAAAGAGGGACUACCUGUAGUCUAUACCAACCAGUUUCAACGCUAUUGCAUCCUUGUUUUUGUUUGAAACAGAUCUGUGGUAACCUUAUACUCUUUUUCUUGUUAUCUUUAGGGUGCAGUAAAUGGCAUUGUAUUUGCUGGAGUGGACGUGGUCUCAGUUACAGAUGUUACCCCUGUUCCUCAUAAUGGCUGUAGACCCAGAAAAGCUAGAAGAGUGUAA